AUGUGUAUAAGAGACAGGUACUACCACCUCGCGUACAAGGAGAUCACGUGGAAGGAGUUCACCAAGAAUUACCUGAACAAAGGGCUGGUUGAGAAGCUGGAGGUGGUGGACAAGAAGUGGGUCCGCGUCAAGCUCCUGCCGGGGAACUCUGCUGAGGGCGCCGCGACCCUGUGGUUCAGCGUAGGCAGCGUGGACAGCUUCGAGCGUAACCUGGAGGCGGCGCAGCAGGAGCUGGGGGUGGAGCCGCAGGACAUGCUCGCGGUCGUCUACAAGAACGAGUUCGAGCCCGCCAGUCUGCUCGGCUUCCUGCCUACCUUGCUUAUUAUAGGCUUCCUGGUCUACAUGAUGUGGGGGGACCUGGGGGCCAAGAUCCCCAAGGGGGCCAUACUUACAGGGCCCCCCGGGACGGGCAAGACGCUCCUGGCGAAGGCGACGGCGGGGGAGGCGGACGUGCCCUUCAUCUACGCCUCAGGCUCAGAGUUCCUCGAGAUGUUCGUGGGCGUGGGGCCCUCCAGGGUGCGGGACAUGUUCGCGAUGGCCCGCAAGCACGCCCCCUGCAUCUUGUUCCUGGACGAGAUCGACGCCGUGGGGCGCAAGCGCGGCGGCAAGAGCUUCGGGGGGCACAGCGAGCAGGAGAACACCUUGAACCAGCUCCUGGUGGAGAUGGACGGAUUCAACACAUCCAGCAACGUGGUGGUGCUGGCGGCCACCAACCGCCUGGACAUCCUGGACAAGGCGCUGCUGCGCCCCGGCCGCUUCGACCGCCAGAUCUACGUGCCCCCGCCUGACAUUAAGGGGCGCGCCUCUAUAUUUAAGGUUCACUUGACGCCGCUGCGCACUGAUCUGGACAAGGCGGAGCUGGCAAGGAAAAUGGCAGCGCUUACCCCAGGGUUUACGGGUGGGUCAACCAACGUAGCUCACCAUGAGGCGGGCCAUGCCGUGUGUGGCUGGUUCCUUGAGCACGCUGACCCACUUCUCAAGGUGGGUCAACUUGCGCUGACCCACUUCUCAAGUGGGUCAACCACCGUAGCCCACCACGAGGCGGGCCAUGCUGUGUGUGGCUGGUUCCUCGAGCACGCUGACCCACUUCUCAAGGUGUCCAUCAUCCCGCGGGGCAAAGGGCUGGGGUACGCGCAGUACCUGCCCAAGGAACAGUUCCUGUUCACGCAGGAGCAGCUCUUCGACCGCAUGUGCGUCAUGCUCGGAGGGCGCGCCGCCGAGCGCAUCUUCUUCGACAAGAUCACCACGGGCGCCCAGGACGACCUCCAGAAAGUCACCAGCAUGGCUUAUGCCCAGGUGGUGCAGUACGGCAUGAACGCGCGUAUAGGGCAGCGCGUGUACCAGCUGCCGGAGCCCGGGGAGAUGGUCAUGGAGAAGCCCUACAGCGAGGAGACCGCGGCCGCCAUAGACCAGGAGGUCAAACAGCUUAUUGAUCAGGCUUAUAGUGCCACCAUCAGCCUGCUCACUGACAAGAAGGAGUGUGUCAAGAAGGUGG